AAGGCUGCGUGAAACGCGGAAGUGCUGCGUAUUUUGAACAAGCGACCUUAACAAGGUAAAAAACCAAACAAAAGUAAUAUGACAAAAGACACAUAGCAUCACAAAGAUGGAUAAAUUUCAUCAAAAUAUUCUUAAAAUUUUAAGAAAAAAUAUAGUGGUUGAUAUAGAUGUGCAUAAUGGUAUUAUAAAGCCAUUGCAAUCAGAAUAUAUAUUAACAGAACAACACAUAACAGAAAUUGAAACUGGCACUACUAAACAGCAAAAAGCUGAGAUUUUGUUGGAUAUUCUUCCAAGUCGUGGUCCAUAUGCAUUUGACAUUUUUCGUCAAGCAUUACGGCAUCAUUAUGAAUGGUUAAGUCAGGAUAUGGACAAACUUGAAGAAAAUCGAAAAAGUUUUAAUGACAUAAAAUAUAUGGGGACACCUACCCUUCCUCCAAUUUCACCACUAACUGUUGUAAGGGAACAAAAGACAAAACAGUUACAAUAUUAUUUGGAACAACUACAACCAAAUGGAUAUGUUGUGCUUCAUGGUAUGAAAGGUUUUGGUAAAUCAUGUUUAACAGCUAGUACAUUAAAGGACACUAAAUUUGUAAGAAAUUUGUUUUAUAAUGAAGUAUACUGGAUUAAAUUUGGAUAUAAACGCUCAGCAGAUGAAGAAAUAUUAAUUCAGCUUAACAGACUUUAUCAUCUUGUUAAAAAUUUGGAAAUAUUACCAGAAUCAUUAAAACCAGAACUAUUGAAAGAUUCAUUAAUCCAUUUCUUGAAAUAUCAUUUUAGCAGAGAAAAUCAUUGUCAAGCUUUGUUAAUUUUAGAUGAUGUUUGUGAUAGUAAAAUAAUUGAAGUAUUUGAUUUUGAAUGUAAAACAUUAGUGAUUACAGCCGAUCUUGAUCUUGUGUUGGACAAAAGACCUUCCGUGAUUUCGGUGAAUUAUUUUUUCUAUAUAUAUAUAUAUAUGACAGAAACUUUAGGCCUCUUUGCGAAAGUAUUAGAUACAGAAGUAGAAAAGCUUCCUAUGGAAGCAAAACGAAUUCAUGAAGAAUGUAAAGGAAUGCCUUUAUUAAUAGCUAUGUUUUCUGCUCAAUUUGAGGAAUUUAAAGAAGAUAUGAAAUUACGUUCAGACAGAUGGAAAUAUUAUUUAAAUUCAUUGAGAAAUAGAGAUGAAAAUAACCAAGUAAUUAGAAAAUUUUUGGAAAAACAAGAAGCAAUUUUUAAUAUGUGUAUAGAACAGUUACCAGUUAAUAUGAGAAAACGCUAUGAAGAAUUAGUUAUUUUUAGAGAAGAUGUUAACAUAACACCACAGACGUUACAAAUUCUGUGGGAAGGAUGUCCAUUUCAAGUUGAAGAAAUGAUGCUUGACUUGUGCCAUAAGUCACUCGCAGCUAAACAGUGGAAUGACGAAUUACGCAGUUACAUUUACGGAGUCCAUGACUUAUUACUUUGUCAUCUUCGGAAAAAAUUUUCGAAAAAUGAAUUGAUAAAAAUGCAUCAAUCGUUAAUCGAAAAAUAUCGGAAAUAUUGCAAUGAUGAUUUUUCGAAAUUACCAGCAGAUAAUUACAUUUAUUCAUAUAUUGGAUAUCAUUUGCAGCAAGCACAUCUAUAUGAAGAGUUUCCUAAAAUAUAUUUAGAUUUUGAUUUUAUCCAAGCAACAGUAGUCAACAGUGGUUUAAAUAAUUUGUUGUUUGAUUUAAACAAUUAUCGAAAAUACAUUACCAAAAAUAAUGAUCCAAUAUAUGAAGUGCGUUUUACUGACUUGGAAAAAUUCUUAGAAGAACAAGCAAGCAUUAUAGUAGAACAUAGACGCAAAAAGUGUUUGGAUAUAGUACAAAUUGCUAUGAAUUAUUCUUAUGAUGGAUAUGUUAAAGAGACUGCUAUUAAACUCGCAAGAGAAAGAUCCAAACAUUUAUAUAUUUUUCAUAACAAAAAAUUAGGUCAAAUGUAUGUGCCAUGCAGUGAAGAAACGUCAACAGAAAUAUACACAACAUGUUUCGCAUAUGACCGAGAUCUAAUUUUAAUCGGAAAUGGAUCAGGUGAAAUAUUUUUGUGGGAUAGCGUUUACAAAGGGCAAAAGAUUUUCAGUGGACAUGAUAAGAAUAGUAAAAUAAAAAAAAUUGUUAUAUCUAAUGAAGAAGAUUGUUUUUUAUCACUAGAUGAUCAUGGUAUAGUAAAACUUUUUAGACUUUCUGAUCAUGAAAAUGAUGAACAUAAUAUUGCUGUAUUGAGUCCAAGACAAAAACAAUCUUCUUGGAGUGGAAUUUUUACUAGUACAAUUCCUCCUGAUGAUAGUUUAAUAACGUUUUCUAUUGCUGAUGAAACCAUAUUAGAUAUGACAUUUACACAUGAUAACAAUCAUGUUGCAGCCUGUACAAAUAGAGGAACAAUAAGGAUUUGGGAUCAUUGUGGAAAUAUAUUAGAAGAUCAUAGUCAUAAUCCACAGAGUUACCUUAAAAAUAUAGCAUUUACAAUGGAAAGUAAUCUGCUCCAUAUAAUGGAUGAAACAAAUGGCGUUUUAAUAUCAUAUUGUAAAUAUGACAAAGAGUACCAAUACUUAUCACAGUACAAUCCAGAUUUACAAAAAAAGAACAUUAUCUUUUUCCGCAGUGUACCGAAUCAAAAUAAUUCUUUAUUCAUUGUUACCGAAGAAAAGGCUGUAUACAUAAAAUGGUUUAGAUCGAGUAACAACCACAUGCACAGUUAUAAUAAGCAAAUAAGAGCAAAUGUUGAAGAUAAGAAGAGUGUUUAUGUUUGUGCCAGUUUGACUAAUGAUGGCCAAUACAUAGUUUUGGCUGAUUCGAGUGGUUUUAUAAAUAUAUGGAAAGUGGACGUUGGACAACAGCCAAUAGCUACUUAUAAAAGUCGUGUCUGUUCUUUAGACACAUUCUGGUUAAAAAAAGAAGGAUAUCACGUUAUUUGUGGCAGUGAAAAUCAAUUACUUCAUAAAUGGAAACUUCCAGUGCAGGGAACUUAUACAUCGAUAAGAAAACCUGUGUUUGAUGCAUUAGUACAGGGAUUUGGAGGUGCACCAGAUACUGUUGUUACAGAAACGCUUUCAAAUACUAUUAUUGCAUUAAGGGGUGAUAAAGUAAUAGCAGAAAGUAAACCGAUUGAUGGGAAAAUAAGUCAUUUGAUUUUAUCUGAUGAACGUGAAAUAAUUUAUGUUACUGAUAAAGGCAUUGUUAAUUUCUGUGAUAUAGCCCUGAAAAAUAACAAAUGUAUAUUAACCUUUCAAUCUAAUGUGGAAUUAGUCAAAAUUUUAAAUAUAUUAGAUACAUCGGUUCACAAAGUAAUUAUCUGUAGAGCGACAGAUAACAAUUUGCAGGUAUGGGUAAAUAUAAAUCGAACGUACUCAAUUGAAGAUACAGGAUACGUUAUUUCAAUCUAUGAGAUUGAUACAAAAUAUAUACUAACAGUAACUCGAGAUGGUAUUAUAAGAAUUUGGUAUGCCAGCGGAAGUAAUUGGUUACGAAGGCGUAAAGUAACUGUUGGAAGUCCAGAUAUAGUUACCAUUUUUAGUUGUCUGAGUUACGAAAAAAGGUUUCUCACUGUGUUGAAUGAAAAUGGAGAUGUGAUUCUGUAUUAUUUACAAUAUGAUACAAGAACAGUACCAGUUAGUAUCAAUAUAACGGAACAUUUUAGAAAAAAGUACAGUUGCAAAUUAACAUGUUGCGAAAUUUCACAAAAUGAGAAGUAUUUAGCUGUCGGUUUUGAAAGUGGAGAAAUUUCUGUUAUCGAUAUAUCGAUGCAGGAGGAGAUUCGUAAAUUAUGUUUUCAUACAAGUUCCAUUACACAGUUACAUUGGGCACCUUCUACAGUUGAAAUACCGAUUUUACUUUCUGUAAGUUCUGGAGAAUUAGUUUGGUGGAAUAUUACUUUGGCUAUAUACCUGAGCAAACCAAAAAGGAUACGACACAUAAUGAAUCGCAGCUUUAGCACUCCUUCUGUUGAUGGGAAAGUAUAUGUCAACUCACAUAUAUCUGCUAGUCAAAGUGUAGACUCACAUAUGUGCGAUAUGCAACAUCAGUUAGAAGAUAAUACUUUGACAAAUGAUGUACCUAAUCUAAGUAAGUUUUGGAGAUCUAAAGAAAGUAAGGAUCCUAGGCAUUCAGCAUUAUUAGCUGUUGUCGAAUUACCUUCGAACUAUUUUACAAAAGUAUGCAUAUCUGCCGAUUUUACAAAGUUUGUUACAGUUGAUAUAUAUGGAUCUAUUAGUACUUUCACGUUAUGCGAAUACAAUUAA